AUGGAUGAUGUGCGUGGGUUGUCUGACAAUGAGUGGCUGUCAGAGGAGUUGAUCAGUGAUGUUGAGGACAGUGAGGGUGAGGAGGAUGGUGGGUCCAGUAAGAAGAAGACAACCUUUCCAACUUUUACUAUGCCAAGAAGUAUGGAAGGUUAUAAAUGGGAGGUAGGAACCUUUUUCGCUGAGAAAAAGGAAUUCAUGGAUGGUAUUCGGACUUAUGCACUUAGUAAUGGAAGAAACAUGAAAUUUAUAAAGAAUGACAAGAAAAGGAUUAUUGUGAAGUGCUUGGGUGGAAAAGUAAAAUGUAAUUGGUAUGCCUAUUGUGCUUUUAGGAUUGAUGUUAAUGCAUGGCAACUUAGAAAAGUUGUUGAUAGUCACAGCUGUAGUAGGGAUUUCAAUGUCAAGUUAAUGACUUCUAAGUGGUUGAGUGAAAGGAUGGAGAAAUCUGUGAGAGAGAACCCAACUAUGAAGGUGAUGGAUAUUAGAGAUAAAGUGACUAGGAAAUGGAAUGUAGGGAUAUCAAGGAAUAUGGCUUUUAGGGCAAGAGCCAUGGCAAAAGAUAAAAUUGAAGGAUCAUUCCAUGAACAAUAUAGAAGACUUUAUGAUUAUGGGCAUGAGCUCCUGAAAACAAAUCCAGGAUCAACAAUUCAAAUUAAAGUGGAUAACAUUAAUGGUGAGGUGAUUUUUCAAAGAUUUUAUGCAUGCUUGAAGGCAUGCAAGGAUAGCUUUGUGAGUUGUAGACCUAUUGUUGGCUUGGAUGGUUGUUUUCUGAAAACCAAGUAUGGAGGGGAGUUAUUAACAGCAGUUGGAAGAGAUGGAAACGAGCAAAUGCUGCCCAUAGCAUAUGCUGUGGUUGAGGUUGAAAACAAAGAGAGUUGGACUUGGUUCUUGCAGCUGCUAAUUGACGACCUUGGUGGGAAAGAUGGUCUUUUGGCAUCUUUUCAAGAUCUUUUACCAGGGGUUGAGCAAAUGUUUUGUGUUAGGCAUCUCUAUUCAAAUUUUAGAAAAACAUUUCCAGGAAAAGACCUUAAAUGUCUCAUGUGGAGGGCAGCAGUAGCCACACAUCCACAACAAUGGGAAGCUGAGAUGAGGAAUAUUAAAGCCAUCAAUGAUGAGGCUUUUAAAUACUUGCUUUCAAUUCCACCUAGGUAUUGGUCACGAUCUAGAUUCACCCCUAGAUCACAAUGUGAAACUCUUGUAAACAACAUGUCUGAAGCCUUUAAUAGUGUGCUAGUAGAUAGUAGGUCUAAGCCUAUUAUUAGCAUGUUAGAAGACAUUAGGGUAUACAUUAUGAAGAGAUGGGCUGCCAACAAGACAAAGAUGACACAAUAUCAUGCUUCAAUUUGCCCUAAGGUUUGGAAUAGAUUUCAGAAGGAGUCUUCCUUAGGAAGAUAUUGGUUACCAAGGUGGUCAAGAGAAAAAUUAUUUGAAGUCAUGCAUAUUUCAGAAUUUGGCCACCAAUUCGUUGUCAAUGUGGACACCAUGGACUGCACACGUAGAAAAUGGGCAAUUACUGGCAUUCCUUGUGCGCAUGCCAUAACAUCAAUGAAAUAUAUUGGAUAUUAG